UUUACACACCCGAAUCACUAGCGAUCGGUAUAGUCCGUCUUGGAUCUUUGACAGACCAACAAAUUAAGGUUGGUACUUUAAAUCAAUUAAUGUCACAAGACUUUGGAUCACCAUUACAUUCUUUGGUUAUUGUGGGCUCUAGAGUUCAUGUUCUUGAAAUCGAUUUCAUGAAAUAUUUUGCUAUUGAUAAACAAUUGUAUAGUGAAAUUGUAAAAAAGGAUUUUG